ACACAAAAAUAAAACAACGUGCGCAGUUCGACGGUUUUGUGCCAGCAAAAAUUCUUAAAAUCUUCAAAUUUUAGCACCAGAACGCUCAUAAUUUCGAUACAUGCAAUUUCGUGUUCCGGGAAACGUCUCUAAAGGGAUUAUCCUUCGAUUGCUACCCGCUCGUUCGAGGCACUACUUCCGAAACAUGGACUGUCCCGAAUUGUGUCCGCCCGCUGCUGUUCGCGGAAUGACUUUUCUAGAUCGGGAAUCAUUUACCAAGCAAAUAUCGGUACCACAUUUGUCGAUACCUAAAGGGUUGAACAUAAAUCAAAUUUGCCGAAUGGUCAAGACGGUGAUGCUUAAAAUGCAACAGUAUCGCCCGGUGCGAUCUGAAGAGUCCAAGAUUGCUCUCCAUCCAUUAGGAGUGCGAGAUUGGUCCGAUUUGGAAAAGCUAGGUUUGGUAGAGAAAGAUCUAGGAACUGAUUGCUUAAAGUGGGAAGAAAUAACAAUAGGUUACAAUAACUGGGGAUAUGAUGAGAUAUUAAAAGCAAUUUUACCGGUCGAUAAAGAGACUUUGUCAUCGUUUUCUAAGGUUGGACAUAUUGUACAUCUGAACUUAAAAGAUCACCUGCUACCCUAUAAGAAGCUUAUUGGCGAUGUCAUAAAAGAUAAAGUCCCCGGUUGCAAAACAGUGGUCAAUAAACUGGUCACGAUUGAUAACACGUACAGAAACUUCCAAAUGGAACUGCUUGCCGGAGAACCCAAAUACGAUGUUGAGGUUAAAGAGAAUGGUGUAACAUUUGAAUUCGAUUUUUCCAAAGUAUAUUGGAAUCCUCGGUUGGCAACCGAGCAUGAAAAGAUUAUUAAAAUGCUGAACAAAGAAGACAUUCUCAUAGACGUAUAUGCUGGUGUUGGACCAUUUAGUGUCCCGGCGGCAAAGAAAGGUUGUUCGGUGUUCGCCAAUGAUCUGAAUCCUGAUUCUUAUGGAGCACUUGCAAAAAAUUGUGCGAAAAAUAAAGUACAAUCACGCGUCAAAUGUCACAACAAAGAUGGUAUCGACUUUAUCAAACAAGAGUUGAAGCAAAUACUGUUUGAAAAAUCAACUGAUAACAGCUUUAAUGGUACCAUUCAUGUUACCAUGAAUCUUCCUGCAUUAGCAGUUGAACAUCUGCCUAACUUUGUAGGACUAUUUUCAAAAGAACCAGUAGCGAUAUCGAAAUACCCAUUGGUACAUUUGUAUUGUUUUGCAAAAGGCAUCGAAGACAAGAAAGAUAUUGCACGUCAGUUGGUAGAUGAAAAAAUGCAGAUUUCUCUAAAAGACAAUCUCAAGGAAAUUGCCUUCGUUAGAAAUGUUUCACCCAACAAAGACAUGAUGCGAGUAAGCUUCUACCUCACAGAAGAAAUACUGUUUUCAAAUAUUACCUGCCAAAAGCGACAACCAUCAGAUCUGGAAAAUGAUCAGAGCAGCAAACGGCUAUGUAAUAACGUGAAGAAUCGUAACCAGCAGAAGCAGGUUGCGAAAAAAGCUAAAAACAUUUUUGCCGUCAAUCAAGGAAAGAAGAAUAACCCGAAAAAGGCCAAGGAAGUUGCUUCCAAACUCAAAAAGAUGAAUGUGUACGACAAGCGAGAGAAGACCGAUAAAAACUUCCAGGAACUGCAUUCGAAAGUUGUUAACAAGAAACAGUCGACUAAAGUUGCCCCCAAACCAGCCCCACAGAAAACUAAAGCCAACACCAACACCAAACAGGUCGAGGCGGACUUGGACAAAAUGCAGAUGUGAGCCCACAAAUAAGCUAGGUAAUUUUUAAUUUUAAUACCUACAUAUGUUCCCAAAAAUUGUAUUUCUUUUAAGUUAUACAAUCAAUUUAUAAGUCAGAUAGCGGAAGGUUUAUUUUUAUCUGAUGGCUAAGAAGAAUGCGUAUUACGAAUGCAUUCUACAAUUUUAUUUUCGGCAUUCAAUAUAUAAAUAAUUCGCCCUAAA